AUGACGCACCCAUCCGGCCCUGGCGCUGCCCCGCCUCAGAGCGUCGAGUCCAUCACCAAAAUCGCCCAGGACUACGAGUACAACUCAUCCAUUCCGCUGCGGUAUUGGCUGAGGACAGCGGCGACGCUCGUUCGAGAGGCGGAUAUCUACGAGCGCGAGGGACGCGACGAGCAAGUCUAUCUGCUGCUUUUUCGACAUGCCCAGCUGGUCCUGGUCAACCUCUCCAGCCACCCCGACGCCAAAGAUGACAAGACGCGCAGAGCCCUCGUGGAAGCCGAGAAGGAGGUGCAGAAAAACCUCGCCAAGCUAGAAGUCCUCAAGCCGCGGAUCAACAAGCGAUACGAACGCUACUCUCAGUUAAUCAAGGAACGCCAGGCUCGAAAACAGUCUGCAGUACAGCAGCCCAUUGCGGAACAGCGAGAUGGGGUGCCCGAUCCCGCCCUGGCUGGUGUAGUCGAACCUCUGGAAGCGGGGAAAAACAGAGACCUAGCUGUUCGUCUGGCGCAGUCGGAGAUCCACCGCCGAGCCACAGUUCGACGCUCAAAGGAGCCGCCGGGCGAUUUAGGGGACAACAAACGUGUCGCAGGGGUCUGGGGCGAUUGGGAAGACGCCUUGAAAACGGACAGCCCGUCAGCGGAUCGCGACUUGAGCCGGCGGAUCCAGCACCUGAGGAACAAUAUCGAUCACACAUCAACUGAUCAUCGCCACCAUGCCCAAGAUUCAUCUGCUGCCCGAGUGGCCUCGCCGUCCACGGCAUAUAAGUACCCCACGGUUCCACGGCAGAAGCCGCUCGAGCCGAUUUCGGCAGGUCGCAUUGCCAUCCAUGACAGGAAUGCAGAGCGCCAGCCGCCACCAAUUCUGCCUCCCAAAGAGCAGUUCGUUGAACCCAGCCGAGCAUCUAUUGUAGAUGGAUCACUGGAAUCAAGCCCACCACUGCUUCCAUCCAAGGUUUCACCAGUUCCGCUUGUCCCCCAGAAAGAACAACCUCCUGACGCCACAACCUCCGCACGACCCGACCUCGAUCCUUCCAGCUACACUUUUAAACCCUCCGCGUAUCUUGAGAACGGCACUCCUCUACGUUCGGUCUUCUUGCCGGCCGACCUCCGCUCCCGCUUCUUAUCUGUGGCCUCCUCAAACACCCGCCGCAAUCUAGAGACAUGUGCCAUUCUCUGUGGAACACUGGUCUCCAACGCUUUAUUUAUCUCAAAGCUCCUGAUCCCGGAACAAACCUCCACCCCUGACACUUGUGAAACGGUCAACGAAUCCGCCAUCUUUGAUUACUGCGACUCGGAGGACCUGAUGGUGCUCGGCUGGAUUCACACACACCCGUCACAGACAUGCUUCAUGAGCUCGCGUGACCUCCAUACCCACUGCGGCUACCAGGUGAUGCUACCGGAGAGCAUCGCCAUCGUAUGUGCGCCAAGCAAGGACCCGAGCUGGGGCGUGUUCCGGCUCACUGAUCCACCGGGCCUGAAGACGGUGCUGAACUGCACUCAAACUGGACUUUUCCACCCGCAUGCCCAGGAGAACAUCUAUACCGGUGCGCUGAGACCCGGUCAUGUUGUCGAAGCGAACGGACUCGAAUUCGAGACUGUGGAUCUGCGUCCUGCCUCGCAACGUUGA